AUGAAGCUUAAUGGAUUAGCACGAGUGGCUAUAGGAAGAGCUUUAGGUGAUGUGCGCGCCUACCAUUUUGAUGCUGAUAAGGAGAUGCUGUCGCCACCCUCGAAAAAGCGUUUUUGCCCUACUACCACGCAAGAUUCUUUGGCGCAUGAGCAGGCUAAUGAGUCGGAGCAUGAGCAAGACGAAGAGAUCGAAAAUAUGAAGAAUGGACUCGCGGCGGCCAAGAGUGAGGGUGUCGGAGGCAAAUACGGAAAUUGGGCUCAACCAUACCGGCAGCUCGAGGAGUGGCCACAGACAGCAAGGCGAUAA